ACAUAUACAUAAGUGUUGAUUGCACCAUGUAAACUUAUUAUAUCUUGCCAUCAAAUUAAAAUUAUCGCUUCCUGUCAAUCUGCUUAUCAUCGACGAAUAAAAAUAAUCACGAACCGCACCACAGUCAUCACAUCACCAGUGCAGUUGUAGUGUCAUGUCAUACAUGUCAAGUUUUCGCGAGUGUACGAUUGAAAAAUAAAUUUAUUUUGCUGAUAUAUCAUUAAUAAUGGCAGAUUUGCUAAGUAUUCACGAUGAUAUUAAAUUAUACACAACUUCAGAUAAAUUCUAUUUGGAGCCCACAAUCCACCCUACGGAGAUACUGGUCAUAGACCGUGUGACUGGGGAGGCGGUUGUCAAAGAAUAUGGCUCAGUAAAGAUCCCCAUACCAGCGAAUGCUUAUCGUCCAGUAUGUGGUUUCCUUGGCUCCAUAAAGCUCCUAUCUGGAUUAUAUUUAGUUGUAGCCAAGUACAGGAUAUUGAUGGGCAAGCUAAAUGGUCACGAUAUAUACCAAUUGGCGGGAGCAGACAUCAUUCCUUACGCGCGAUCCAACACGCAUCUCACUAACAAACAGAUAGAAGACAACAACACAUACGAGCGCAUGGUACGGCUGGCGCUGGACACGCCCGGCAUGUACUUCUCGUACAGCUACGACCUCACGCACUGCCUGCAGCGCCUGCACUCCGUCACCCCCGACUUCCACAGGAUGUCUAUAACGAAUCGUGCAGACCCCCGUUUCCUGUGGAACGGCUUCCUGCUUCGAGACUUCUCUCAUCACCAAUAUUCACGGUUCACGCUGCCCCUCAUACAAGGCUUCGUGUCUAUAAACAACGUGACAGUGAACGGUCACCAGCUGACGUGGUCGCUAGUGUCACGGCGGUGCGUCGACCGCGCUGGUACCAGGUUCUUUAUGCGGGGGGUCGAUGCUCAGGGCAACGUAGCAAACUUCGUGGAAACAGAACAGAUAAUAGAACGGGGUGGUGAGAAAUCCUCCUUCGUGCAAACCCGGGGCUCCAUCCCGUUGUUCUGGAGUCAGUACCCGGAUAUAAAGUACAAGCCGGCUAUGCAGCUAGCUCACGAAGACCAUGUGGCAGCUUAUACUAAGCAUUUGAGAGAUCAGCAGCAGAGAUAUGGGAAUCAGGUGCUGGUUAAUUUGAUUGACCAACACGGCAAAGAGGAGGCGUUAGAGCGCGGGUUCCGCGCGGCGGUGGCGGCGGCGGCGCUGCCCGGGGUGCGCUAUGAGCCCUUCGACUUCCAUGCCGAGUGCCGCUCCAUGCGCUACUAUAGGCUCAACGUGCUUAUCGAUAGGAUUGCUCAUGAACAGACAGAAUUCGGCUACUUCCUCUCCCGCGGAGGCACAGUCCUACUCCGACAAAGCGGUGUGUUCAGAACAAACUGCGUGGAUUGUCUCGACCGUACCAAUGUAGUACAAAGUCUAUUAGCUCGACUACAGCUUAACGCGGCACUUAGAGUGCUAGCAGUCACGUCCAGUGAUGAUGAGAAACAUCCUUAUUUGGAUAAGCUGUUUAAUAAUGUCUGGGCAGACCACGCAGACACGAUUUCUACCCAAUACUCGGGCACGGGGGCUCUGAAGACAGAUUACACGAGAACUGGCAAAAGAACACAUCUCGGGCUCAUUCGAGACGGUAUCAACUCGCUCACUCGGUACUACAAGAAUAACUUCAGCGAUGGGUUUAGACAAGACUCCAUCGACUUGUUCCUGGGCAAGUACGUGAUCGUAGACGGUGAGGGCAACACGCUGCCUUGCCCGCUGCGACGCGACAGGGACUGGAAGUAUAUUACGUUCCCAUCAGUGCUACUGGUCGCCAUGUCGAUGUUCUGCGCGUCGGCGACUCUGCCGCAGCGGUACAGCAGCGAAGUGCUGCUGUACCUCAUGUUCUGGGGAGCUGCCGUCACUGCCACGCUCACGUUCAUAUUCAGACACGGCAAAGAAUUCGUGGACUGGCCCCGGCUGGACGCGGGGGGGCUCGCAGCCGCGCGCUCGCUGCCGCCGCCGCAGUCGUUAUGAUCGGAGACUUGCCGCUCGUAGUCGUCGUCUAACCCUCUUACAGCAGUCGGGUAAGAGUGUCACUCAGCUGUUUAUGUACUAGUGUUGUUGGGAUUUGAAUUUUGAACAGAAUACCUAGUGCAAGUUUUGCAAGUUAACUUUUUCGAUUUUUUUUCAAAGUAAAAUCAUUUAUUUCAUUCAGGCCUUUACAAGCACUUAUGAACGUCAAAAAUAUAACUAAGUUUGAUUAUAGUUGCCCAUUCCAAAACUAGCUUCCUAUGGAGAAGAACGGGCAGGAAACUCCAUUGAAUUACGUAGCACUAAUCUUAGAAUGAUUUGUUUAAUAAAGACUGUCAUCGGUAUUUAGUUGUAUUAUGCUCGAGCUCAUUUUUGCGAGUAUAUACAUUAUUAACCGGCAAAAUGAAUGAAGAUGUAAUAUCUAAAUCAUGUGACGUAGCAUACGACUCGUUAUUUCAAUGGAGUUAUUAUUACGAAUCGAGAAAGUUGACUUGCGAAACUCACACUAAGCACUCAGUUAUUAAGGUUGAAUGAAUAUUGUUUUUUUUUAAAGAGGCUUCCAUAUUUAAAUUAUAAUUUUUCUAGGCCCGAGGUUACCGACAAUGGAAAUGUCAAUUUCUUAAAACAAUUGUUUACUUUGAAAGUUGAAUGUGACAACAUUAUAGUUCUUCUUCUUCUUUCGUGUCGAUGACAUGUCUUUUUUUUAACGACGUCAAAAAUCAUCACAUGACCCCUCCCGCUGUGGGUUAGCAGCGGUGAGGGAGUGUCAGACUCUUACUGACUAAAAUCCGUCGUGUUCCUUCGUAGGCCUUUUAUGUACUAGGGCCGCGGUAACUCUUUCGAACAAUCCUGCAGCCCCGGCAAAUGAUGACAUGUCUUAUAGUGAGACUACACUUUGUCAGCCCAAUAUGCCGCCACAGCGAGAGCACGGCCAGAUGCGCUCAUUAGGUCCUCCCGCGAGCAAGUUUCAGGGCACAGUGGACAUGCGAUGAGGUGGGAUAUGGUCUGCACAGCAGCCCCGCACUCGCACCCAAGGUCCGCCCCGAAUACAAAAUACAAAUACAAGAUCUUUAUUUAUGUUUGAAAUGACAAGUCAAAGAAUAUUAUGGUAAACAGUUGUUUUAAGAAAACUGAAGUAUAUGUUGUCGGUGAACCUUGUACCUGUGUUAGCCUUGUUGGGGUCGGCUUCCAGUCUAAUCGGAUGCAGCUGAAUACCCGUGCUUUACAAGGAGCGACUGCCUAUCGGACCUCCUCAACCCAGUUACCCGGGCAACCCGAUACCUCUUGGUGAGACUGGUUGUUAGACUUUCAGGCGUUUAGCAACCAUAAGAGCAUGGUAGUGGUUUUCAGUAUAAUAAUAGUUAAUUUAAUGGCGGUAUAAAGAGUUUAGCAUUUUUUAUUUAUUUUAAUGGUUUGGUGUAAAAUAGUUUAGUAGACACACCUACAUUUUAUCAUUCUAUUUAUUAUACUGAUCACAUAUGGACUAUCUAUCUUCACGUAGAUGAAUAGAAAAAUUACUUGAUUGAACCAAAUAUUUGAAACAUAUUUUUAUCGUAGAAAAGUUAUAAAUUAAAUAAAUACAACAACACUAGUACAAAAUACCAGCUUUCUAACAUACGACCUUUUUCUUCAAUUAGGACACAUUAUAAAGUCUACCACAGUUUAAAUUGUGAUCUAUUCCUUUCUGAUAGAGUCCAUUUUGUAUCUGACAAAGAUAUCAAAUGUCCAAUUGUACAAAUGAAACAUAUUUGAAGUCUUUGGUCGUUAUUUAUGGUUAUUUACUACUGAUAUUUAAAAUCGAGUCGCUGUAAAAAGGUUUGCAGCAUCAAAAACUCCUUGCAAUUAAUAUUUUGUGAACUGAUAUUUUUUUAUGGUGGCAACCCCGAUUUAAAAUAUUUUAUAUUGGUUAUGGUUUGUAAAUUUCGAAAAAACCACCAGUAUUGAUUUUAUCAGAUUUGAUUGAAAUUAAUGUAAAUUGAAAUUAUGUUUUUUGACUAACUGUAAGGGAAUAUCAAAUUUCUCUUGUCACACAUUCAAGAAGCUUAUAAGUUAGAAGUUCUACUAUCAAUUAAUUUAUCUACAUAAAUAAUGACCAAAGACUAUAAUUCGUUAGACCAAAACUUGUUGCUAUAUUCGCUUAAAAUGUCAAUCAAGAUAUUGUGUAUUUAUUUGUUAUAUACUUGAAACUGUGCAAAAUGAUAAUUUAUUUUUUAAAUUAUUUAGCUUUAUAUUAUUUUAAUUUAAUUUGAAUAGGUGAUCAUGUAGCUUCCGCCAGAUAACUUUGCAUUCCUGAAGCUAGUUUUUUGAGUUGCUUUGUUCAUGGAGAACAAAAUGACUAGCGGAGGUGCCAUAACGGAAAAUCUCCUAAGAAAGUAGCGCGCCAAAAUGCGGGUGUGCGGGGGACGAGGAACGUUACUGUUUUCGUCCUUAUACGCCUUCUUGUGUGGACCCGACCACUUUUUGGUAUACCAAAAAUCGUUGACAGAAUAACUGUCUCAAAGAACCCGAACGAAUCGUUAGUUCACUAGUAACUGAUCGUUUUGGUGAUGCCCAUCGAUUUGAUCUAGAAGAAGGCGCCUGAGUUAUGGCAUCUCCGCUCUUAUUUUCUUACUCCGUGGUUUUGUUACUUUUUUUUUCUAUUUUGAAGUCAGUAGUAGCCAACUUCGGACAAGCAAAGCUUCUCGACAAGGUCUGUAUAAACAAAUGCGGAGAUCAAAUGGCUAACUUCAGAGAUGCAAAGUUAAUUGGUGUGAAUUGUUUUAAUAGUGUGUACAAUGCAUUUUUUUUCUAAGAGGUUCUUGACAUGUUUUCUAUCCCAUGAGUCUGGAUCUUGUUAAAGUACUGUAACUGAAGAUAGACAGACAAAAACGGUGUUUUUUCUUUUUGUUAUUGUCAUCGUAAAAUUCAAAAUAAAUUUGUCAUUUAUAAUAUAUCUCACAAAACCGUGAUGUGUCGAAAUGUUGUAAAACGUAACAUGUUGGUUACGAUUGUAAAAUUGUGAAAUGUUUUUUUUUUUACAUAUUGUACAAAUCUUACCACUUUUGCAUAGUUUCAAGUAUAUAAACUUUAUGUACGGAUAUCAAAUAUGUAUGUAUUAGCAUUCCAUUCGUAUGAAACGCAUGUUAUUUGUUGGACCUUGGACAAAGAGAAAACAUUUUACAAGAAAAACCGAACCGAAACACAUUACCCUCCUUUGCGGCACACAGUCGGGCAAAAAGUACAAUUUAAUUAUCAAAAGUUCAGACUAAAAUUUCCACCUUUCCGAACGUUUUUUUUUCGUCUAAAAUAAAUAACGUUCAUAAAAAGGUCCAACAAAUAACAUUGCGCACGCGCACCGCGACAGAACAAAAAAUAAUCGUGUCUCGAAGUCGCAAGUGUGCGCGCGUACUUAGCUUCCGUUCUCCUAGUGUAUUAGUUAAUGGUUUGUCGCCAUUACCAAGUUCCUGAAUAAGGAAUUGUCAGUUUAAGUGUGGUUACAAAAGCGUUUGGGUUUCUGAACUUUUAACAUCUAAAAUUAUCCAAAAUCAUCAUCUCAUCGGGCUAUGAGAGUGAAGGUAUAGUGAGUGCUCUUGUCUGCGCAAAUGCUCGUGCACUAUUAUAUGUCCUGCGCAGCUGGCUGAUCUCCUUACAUGAGAACAGCCUCCGUGGUCGACAAUCGGCUUUGACAUAAUUAUUAUUGUCUUAAAUUAUGGAAACCAGUCAUUUACUCAGUGUAUUAGGAGUUUGCCAUCCGCGUCCCGAGAAAACUGCUUCACAAACCCGAAUAAAGAGUUCCUCAACAAUUUUUUAUACACUAGCCGUUUUCCCGCGGUUUCACCCCUUCUGAACUACUACCCGUGCCACGAUAAAAUACAGCCUAUCUUACUCGGGAAGAGUGUAGCUUUCCAACAAUGCAAGAAUGUUAAAUCGGUCCAUUACAUACGAACAAACAAAAAUGCAAUUUUUUCGUCUUUAUAAUGUUAGUGUAGAUGUAUAAAGUAUUUGAGUCAUUCGAGGCAUUGACCUCUGUAUUGUUUGUUACAAGGCAGGACGUCGACUUUGCCUUGAACGAAGCCUCGCUCUGCUUCGCACCACAAAAAAGGUUCUAUUUUUUGAGAACGUUACCAAAAAAAAUGGGUUAUUUAUCUUUUAAAAUUUAAAUAUGUAAUAGAUUAAUUAUUAAUAAUUAUUUAUUAUUCACCCACAUAUUUUGUAAAUUGUAACUUCAUAAGACAUAGUAUUUAAAAUAUGAUGUCUAUGUUUAAAGUUUUUUUUUAUCAUUGAUCUGUGGCUAAUUUUUGUUUAGCGCGAUGUUAUAAAUAUGUUUUUUUAUUAUGGAAGUACCUACCAUUAGGGCUUAAUUUUUUUUUCCAAAUUUAAACUUCAAAAACCCAAACGCUUUUGCAUAGUUCCGUUUCCAGUACAGAAUCCUAACGACGACUCGAGGCGGCCUGUAGUCCCAUGGGAAUAACAUUGCGUUUAUAAAUAAAUAGAGCAUUUAAUAAAACCUCUUUUCUGCGUAAAACUUUUCUUUCAUUGUUUUUUUUUCUUUUUAGUUGUUUAGAGGAGGUUAAUCGCAGUUAAAAAGUUAAGCACGAAGUAGAUAGAGAUAUUUUACGAUCGCAAUUUUUCAACUAUUUAGCUAAUCUUUACUAAUUGCCUUCCUAUCUACCUCUUUAGCCUACUGCAACAAGUGAAGUUAUGAAAAUAUAUUUUUAUUUCCGCAGUGUUAUUUCAAAUGGCGUGUUAUUGUAAUAUUGUUAUAUUUUGUCAUCUUGUGUAAUUUAAUAAUUUUAAUCUUGUAAUUUUUAUGGAGAAGAUAUUUCAAUAAACAAUGAAUCAGAA